GACUGGGAAAAUCUUCAAGAAGGAAAAGGAAAUGAAGAAAGGUGUGAAGGAUCUCGUUCCUGGAUGAGGAAUUCCUUGCUGUUCCCUGAUUUUUACCCAAAUCCUCCUCCCUGCUGCGCCUCAAUCUCCAUGGAUCCAUUGGAAUGAUGUGGGAGGGUGACUCUGGAGGGUCUAGGACACAGAUUUGUCACCAAAUUCCCAUCCUGAGGGUGCUGGAAGUAGCUUUAGGAAUCGCCUUCCCCACGAGUAUAUCCGUAAAUAACUGUGUGUGUCACUUCUCCCCGCUCAAGAGUGACCAGGAUUACAUCCUCAAGGACGGGGAUUUGGUCAAAAUCGACCUGGGCGUGCACGUGGACGGCUUCAUCGCCAACGUGGCGCACACCUUCGUGCUCGGCGCCUCCAAGGAAAAUCCCGUGUCCGGCCGCAAAGCCGAUGUCAUCAAGGCAGCUCACCUGUGUGCCGAGGCUGCCCUGCGCCUGGUGAAACCCGGGAACCAGAACACACAAGUGACCGAGGCCUGGAAUAAAAUCGCCCACGCGUUCCACUGCACACCCAUUGAAGGGAUGUUGUCACACCAGCUGAAGCAGCAUGUGAUCGACGGAGAGAAAACCAUCAUCCAGAAUCCCUCGGACCAGCAGAAGAAGGACCACGAAAAAGCUGAAUUCGAGGUACACGAAGUCUACGCCGUCGACGUCCUCGUCAGCAGCGGCGAGGGAAAGGCCAAGGAUGCGGGGCAGAGAACCACGAUUUACAAGCGGGAUCCCUCCAAGCAGUACGGGCUGAAGAUGAAAACCUCACGCGCCUUCUUCAGCGAGGUGGAGCGGCGCUUCGACACCAUGCCCUUCACCCUGAGGGCGCUGGAGGAUGAGAAGAAGGCGCGCAUGGGGGUGGUGGAGUGUGCCAAGCACGAGCUGCUGCAACCAUUCAACGUCCUGUACGAGAAGGAAGGUGAGUUCGUGGCCCAGUUCAAGUUCACGGUGCUUCUGAUGCCCAAUGGCCCCAUGAGGAUCACGAGCGGCCCCUUUGAGCCCGAGCUCUACAAAUCCGACCUGGAGGUGCAGGAUGGGGAGCUCAAGGCCCUUCUACAAAGCUCUGCCAGCCGGAAGACCCAGAAAAAGAAGAAAAAGAAGGCUUCCAAAAAUGCAGAAAACGCCACCACGGGGGAGACAGCAGAGGAGAACGAGGCUGGUGACUGAGAAUCCUUGGAGUUCUCAAAUCACCCCUUUUUCCCCCAAAAAAAAACCCCCACAAAAAACAAAAUUCCAUCCGGAAAUGAAAAUAAUCUGGCACCGGUGUUGGUCCAGGCAGUCUGGAAUUCCCACAGAAUCCAACAGCUCCCGUUGACUUUGCCAAGGAGGGAGGAAUCUCUCGGCCACGUUCACACUUCAAAACGAGAAAAAUAAUAAUAAAAACACCCCGAAAAGAGCAGCAAAAAACAAUAAUAAAAAUUAGGAGUGAAAGUUACUAUUAAAUGUUUGAUAUUCCCCGUGUGCGGAGAGGUGAAUCCAUAAAAUCCAGGGAGAGGGAGUGGAGGGAGCUGCUGAUUCCUUCCUCCUCCUCCUCCUGCUGCCUUUUUUUAAUUUUUCCCUUUGGAAAUUUUCACAAAAAAAAACCCAGAAACCAAGUUAAUCCACCCAGAAAAGUGCCCUGUGUGAGCAAUCCAGGAUUUUAGUCUUUUCCCUUUGGGAUUGUACUUUUAGAAUUGGGGGAAAAAAACCCCAAAUUUUAAUUUCUCCCCAACUUCCCCCACCAGGAGCCUUUUCUGCCUCUGCCUUGAUUUAAGGGAUUUCAAAAAAAAAAAAAAUCGCUAUUUUUUAACACAAACUGGUUUUUAAAAUGAUCCAAACCUUCGGGAAGCCGCCGACAUUUUGGCCUCGCGGAGUUGAAUUCCCUAAAGUCCCGGGUUUGGGUGUUUUUUAUCCUUCCCAAUAUCCCUGGGAGCACAUUCCACCUUUUCCAGUGAGCCGGAGGAUAAUUAUUAUUAUUAUUAUUUUUUUUUUUUUGUUCCCCACUUUUUCCCUCUGAAUUCUUUACUAAUUUUGGGGGAAAAUCCCACCAGAAUUCCUCAGGGGAGAGGUGAGGGAAGCACUGGAUCCGGGAUAGGCCCGAGCCCAGGGGUAUCACUCUUUUAUAGUCAAUUUUUUACAAAAAAACCACAUAAAAACGAGAAAAAAAAGCCGAUUAAACGCCGUCAGUUGAAUGUUUGAGGUUUUUUUUUUCUUUCUCGAUACCCCUGGUUCCUUUUCUUCCCACUCCCCCCCUCAGUUUUUUGGGAAUUCUGAUUCCCACCUUACCCGACAUUCCCGGGCGUUCUCCGUAGGCCGCGGUGUUUCCUCAUCCGGAUCUGAAUUUUUCACCCCCCCCCCCAAAAAAAAAAAAAAAAAAAAAAAACAAAAAAAUAAAACUCCACACGUGCAAAUGUUACCAAAGUCAAAUAAAAGAGAAUAAACGAUGCGAUAAUGGA